AUGGUGUACGAAAGUAAGCAAAGCCAAGAUAGUUUGGCAAUAAUGAUUAGAAAAAUUGUGGAAAUGAUAACUGUGGAUGUUAUAAAAAACCUGAUGAUAAUGCAAAGAAAAGGUGUUAGAUAUAGAUUACAUUUAUGUUAUGAAUACAGAAAACCAGGAUACUUGGCUUGUGAUUGUUCUGUUCAAAAAUUUGGUAAAGGAAAUUCAGUAGAAGUAAAUGAUGUGAGAUGGAUAGAUACUGAAAUCAUUGGAGAAAGGAUUGAACAAAUGGAAGAAAAGGUUAAAAUCAGUGAUGAUGUAAUAGGAAAGUUGGUGAAAAUUAAUAGAAAGUUUGCAAAAGCAUCAAUUAAAACAA